AUGGUGUUUAUAGCUUGGAAGGAUAUGAGGAGGAAGGAAAAGCUUGGACAGCUGAGAGAAUUGGUUGAUGGUCGUUGGGAUGCUUGCAGCAGCCAAAGGAUGGGGGUUGAUGGCUCAAGAAUGACUAUGAUGGUUGUUGGAAUGCUUGCAGUAGCUGAAGAAAGGGUAAAAGGAAGUGUUGGAGCUAGUCUAUUUCCAACGAAUAAAAGAGAGCAUUGGGACAUUUUUAUUUCCGGCAGGGAGUGCUUAAAGAAUAUCUCAUUUGCUCACCCACAUUGGAGAACUCCAAGUAAUGGGCUUGGACUUUGGUGCUCCUAA